CUGCGCAUGCGCGUUAAUCGCAACACCGGAAGUUAAGCUCCUGAGUCUCCGGCGUGAGAAAAUGUCUUGUGUGGUUUUUGUUUACGGUUUAAAAAGUUAAUUUAUCAUGAUUAGACACGUUUUCCUGACAGGUUCUCCAGGAGUGGGGAAAACCACACUAGUCCAGAAGGUGUGGGAGGCGAUCAACUCAACAGGUGUGAGCAUCCAUGGCUUCUGCACGGAGGAGGUCCGCGAAAGUGGGAGGAGAGUGGGAUUUGAUGUAGUCACAGUAAACGGCCAGAGAGGAAUCCUGGCCAGAGUCGGAACUACAGCUCCAUCUGGCAGACGUGAAUAUACUGUGGGUCAAUAUGUUGUCGAUCUACCGUCAUUUGAGAGUCUUGCACUGCCACUUUUCCAAAAUGCGAGCGAUGGAAGCAGGAAGGUGUUCGUUAUAGAUGAGAUUGGGAAGAUGGAGCUCUUCAGUCAGGCGUUUAUCCGAGCGGUGAGACAGACUCUGGACAGCAUGGACUGCACUAUCUUGGGAACAAUCCCUGUUCCUAAAGGAAAACCUUUGGGAUUAGUCGAGGAAAUCCGAGCAAGGAAGGAUGUCAAGGUCUUCAUGGUUACCAAAGAGAACAGAAAUACCAUCCUGGAUGAAAUUGUUUCUGCAGUAAAGGAAUGUCUAAAAUAAAGAUUCCUCUCAGAAGACAAGAGGAACCGUGGCAGAAAACCUGAGACAAACCUGCAUGACGAUCCAGAUGCAGAAGAUUUAAUCCUCUGGGACAGUUUUCAAUUAGUUAUUUUUCUCCUGUUUUUGUUAUUAAGAUCCUUUAUGUUUCUGUAACUCGACCCUUUGGGUUUGAGGACACGAAGAAAACGUUCAGCUUGUUUAGUGUUGCGUUUAAACUUCAGCUUUUCCUUCAUGAAUCACCUCUCAGUGUUUACUGAAUAUAAUCCGAGUUGGGUUUUUUUUUUUUGUCUUCAGAGAGGAGAGUUUCAUUUUGGUUUAUGAUUGCAAUCUGGUGAAAUAAAAGCACUACAGAGCACAA